UUUCUCUUCUUCAUUCCACAAUUCCCUCUUCCUUGCUUGCUUUCUUUCUUUUCUCUCUUUCUGCAAGAACACUAUAUAUCCUCUUGUUGACGUGAUCAUUCUCUCCACUAGUAUUAUCUCCCAAAAAACACACUUCCAUCUAUUACCCUUUACAGAAAGAGAGAAAGCUCAUCAACAGCUAUGGUUUUUUCUUCUAUCCCAGCUUAUCUUGAUCCAGCCAACUGGCAACAACAACCAAAUCAUCAUCACCAGCCUGGAGCAACUAGCGGUCUAAACUCUCAUCAGCUUCCUCCCCCUCCUCCUCCACCUCCACCACCCCCUCCUCCCCAUCCUCAUGGAAGUGGUGGUGCAGGCUCCAUCCGCCCUGGUUCCAUGGCAGAUCGAGCCAGGUUAGCUAACAUACCCAUGCCGGAAGCUGCAUUAAAAUGUCCAAGAUGUGAAUCCACAAACACCAAGUUUUGCUACUUCAACAACUACAGUCUCUCUCAGCCUCGCCACUUCUGUAAGACUUGUAGAAGGUACUGGACCAGAGGGGGUGCCCUAAGAAAUGUCCCCGUUGGAGGUGGCUGCAGAAGGGACAAGAGAAGUAAAGGGAGCAGCUCAAAAUCUCCGGUAAGUGGUGAUCGCCAAACGGGUUCUGGUUCCUCAAUUACCGUCUCAUCUAAAAGUGGAACCAGCGAUAUAUUAGGCCUCGGACCACAGGUUCCACCACUCAGGUUCAUGGCUCCUCUGCAUCAUCUUACAGAAUUUGCUACUGGGGAUAUCGGGUUAAAUUACGGUUCCCUUUCGGCUCCCGUUGGAGGACCAAGUGAUCUCAAUUUUCAAAUAGGGAGUGCUUUAGCCGGUGCUGGUAUUGGUGGUAGUGAUGGUUCUCUUUUGUCAGUGGGUGGUUUGGACCACUGGAAAUUUCAGCAGGGGCAGCAAUUUCCCUUUUUUGGGGGACUAGAUUCUUCUUCUUCUUCUGGGUUAUACCCAUUUGAAGGUGGCGCUGAACAAUCAGGUUAUGGUAGUGGAAUGGGUCAGCUCAGGCCGAGGUUAUCCACUUCUUUAACUACUCAGUUCGCCUCAGUGAAAAUGGAAGACAAUAAUAAUAAUCAGGAGCUGAAUUUGUCGAGGCAGUUUUUGGGAAUUCCAGGGCAUGAUCAGUAUUGGGGUGCUACCGCAUGGACAGAUCUUUCUAGUUUCAGCUCUUCUUCCACUAGCAACCCUUUGUAGAUUCUUUUUGCGUCUGCUGGUUCGUGCUUAACCAUACCGGCGUGAAGCUUCUAUUGAAGAAAAUUAAGUAGUUAUCAUGAUACUGUACGCGUAUGAGAAAUCACUCAUUAUCUUAUUUAAAACUUCAUAGCUCAAAAGUUAUCGUUAUCUGCUUGUUUAAGAUGGAGGAGUUUGGAAUAUGGAUCAAGGAAUUUGCUUCUGAUUUCAAGAUUAACUAGAAAACCCUAGAAAUGGUAGGCUUAAUGAUUUUGCUUCGGUUUUUCCUGUUCGUUUCAUUUCUUAGUGUAGUCUUAGUAUUGCCAUGUUCAGCACAUGCAGUGAGUGUUUGAUGAGCUUAUGGAGUUCAUCACAUAUGCUGAUCAAAACAUUUAUGUUAACCGUACUUGUGAAAUCUCAGUAUAUGUUAGAUGGAUCACAAAGUAUAUGAAAUAUUGUUAACACAUAUGUUGAUCAAAA